AAGCGAGGACCAUGACGCACUCUUUCAACAACUCAAAGUUCAUGACCUCGGCGGCCCAGAGGCCGUCGGCCCACUUGACCCUCAGAGACACCGGCUCUCAAGGGUUCCCCCCCUACCCGAUCCCCAUGCCGGACCUCCACCAGUCCUGUCGUCACGUGGUGCGCACCUGGGCCAAUCAGAGCUUCGGAGCGCACCUGCACAACAUGAGCCUGACCAACGGGAGGCUGCGAGUCCCCCAGGACGGGCGGUACUACCUGUACUCACAGGUGUAUUUUCGUUACCCGUCGCCGGCGACCAGCGAUGGAGACCAGCACAGCGCCAGCCACCAGCUGGUGCAGUGCGUCUACAAGAAGACGUCCUACCCGAGCCCCAUACAGCUCCUGAAGGGCGUGGGGACAAAGUGCUGGUCUCCGGACGCCGAGUACGCCCUGCACUCCGUCUACCAGGGGGGGCUCUUCGAGCUGAGGGCCGGCGACGAGCUCUUCGUCUCCGUCUCCUCCCCCAACAUGGCAAGAGGUCCGAAGAAGCACCUGAAGCGCGUCGCUGCGCCGAAGCACUGGAUGCUGGACAAGCUCACUGGAGUCUUCGCUCCUCGUCCUUCCACCGGUCCCCACAAGCUGAGGGAGUGCCUGCCCCUCAUCAUCUUCCUGAGGAACCGGCUGAAGUACGCUCUGACUGGGGAUGAGGUGAAGAAGAUCUGCAUGCAGAGGUUCAUCAAGAUUGACGGCAAGGUCCGCACCGACAUCACCUACCCCGCCGGGUUCAUGGAUGUGAUCAGCAUCGAGAAGACCGGCGAGCACUUCCGUCUGAUCUACGACGUGAAGGGCCGCUUCACCGUCCACCGCAUCACCGCAGAGGAGGCCAAGUACAAGCUCUGCAAGGUGAAGAAGAUCAUGGUUGGCACCAAGGGGAUCCCCCACCUGGUGACCCACGACGCCCGCACCAUCCGCUACCCCGACCCCCUGAUCAAGGUCAACGACACCGUGCGCAUCGACCUGGACACCAACAAGAUCACCGAGUUCAUCAAGUUUGACACCAGUAACCUGUGCAUGGUGACCGGCGGCGCUAACUUGGGGCGUAUCGGCGUGAUCACCAACAGAGAGCGUCACCCCGGCUCCUUCGACGUGGUGCACGUGAAGGACAGCACAGGAAACACCUUCGCCACCAGGCUCUCCAACAUCUUCAUCAUCGGCAAGGGCAACAAGCCGUGGGUGUCCCUGCCCCAAGGGAAGGGGAUCCGCCUGACCAUCGCCGAGGAGAGAGACAAGAGGCUGGCGGCCAAGCAGGGCAGCAGCUAAACAGGACCCCAAUAAACUGUUAUUUACAACAACA